CUGACGUGUGUGUGUAUAAAAAAAAAUGUCCUUGUCACAUUCACAUCCAUAAACCCAACCUGCAGGACUUUGGACUCUGGGAGGAAACUGUACCUGAGGAAGACCAACGCAGACACAGAGAGAACCCAGUUGGCUGCCAGGUUCGAACACAGAACCUCCUUUCUGUGUAAAAUGCUGCUCUCUCUCUGUCUCAUAUUAUUCUGUGAUAAGACUAAUGAUCCAAAGUUGUCACAUUUACAUAAACAGUCCAAAGCAACAAGUGCAAAAGAAAACUAGAAGGGUCUGUAUCCAACUGAGGGAGACACAGUGGAGUCUCCUGAGUUUGUCUCUAAUGGGGGACAGUGGACAGAGUUAGUCGGCUAUCAGCUUUAUUUUUAUCCCUUUUCGACCAAAGUGAAGCGAGUGCUAUUGCUGGUUCUGGUUCAACUUGUGAACCUUUUAAAAAACAGUUUGCUAUUGAGCUGCCUACGUCACUGUCUACGUGUCUGAUUUCCCAGCAACACUUCAAGCACAGCACCAGCGAUGGCGGACGACAGCAUCUGUUUUCAAGUGUUGCUCCUGGCUUAGAAAACUCACAUUGGCAUCCAAACUCUGCGGCAUGAAAACAGAAGUAUGUAUGGAUGUGUAACCAAACAGCUUGAUUUUAAGGCUAGAUAGAAGUUUAAAGCAAUGAAUUGUAGAUGACCGAAUAGAGAAAAGAAUAAAAAAGAAUAUACAUGCUAAAGUUGAACAUGUUUUGAACUUAAAGAGAAGUAAAUAGAAUCGACAAUGAUAAUAAAAACUAAAGUAGUAAAGCAAACCGAAGGAUAAUCAUGAUGAGUCAGAAAAGACUUUGGUCUGAUUACCAAGGUCAGGUUGGCCUCCUGUGAUACACAGCAAAAAUGAAAAGGUUCAGAUCACUCAAAACUUCAAGGCUACUUAUUGCUGUAGAUUUUUCUAUCUCCUAAGGUUCAAAGAGAAUCACCCACCCACCUACAUAUGAUAUUUUAUAUUAGAAUAUUUGGAGUUUGUAGAUACUGAGAAUUUUUUGUCACUGCUCAUUUCUGUCUGAAACCUGCUGUUUGUUGUCCUGGACAGUUGUUUCAUUCUUUGUGGAUCUUUUCUUGUUUUAUGGGCUUUAGCCUCCUUGUCGUCCUUGUGUUUGAUUUUUGGAUUAAUAUCUUUGUUGGCACUGUGAGUUCUUUAUUUCCUGUUUUAUUCUGAAGUUGUUUUCCUUGUGUGUGUGUCUGGUUUCCCUGCUCUGUUCAUCAACAGGCCAGAGCAGGUCAUCCUGCUCUAGUUUCACCUGUGUCCUGUUGUGUCUCCUCCACGUUGUCGCCAGUUCCUCUCAUCAGUUCUGUCAGUCGCCAUUUUCCUGGUGUUAUCUCUCGCUACCAGAACGCAGAUCCUCCUCCUUGUGACCGUCUGACAGACGAUACAGGAACAAGCAGACUGUUCAUCUUGCUGAUCAGGUCAUAAUCUAAUACUGACAAAUGAAAAAUGAACUGAGGCUCAUCUGGCACCGCGACGGUGUUGUCGAAGACCUUUGCACAACAAUAGUGAGACGGUUAUAUGGCCCGCCUCCGUGUCUUUAAAGGUUGUAUAUUAACAACUCGAUGUGGCAGGUGAGCGACCUCAUAAGGGAACAAAAGAAGUGUGACUCUGGGAAGCAAGUCAGACGAGCAGACAUAAGGACUCGAGGGUCUUUGUAUUGUUUGUGUGAAGAACAACUGUCAGUGCGGUCGUGGUAGAGAAGACAACUUCAUUUGUGCAGCUUGCUCCACAACUUUCUCUAUUUUCUUGGGAGUGUUUAUUGCACUAUAGACUCGCUGGACUGUAGGUCAGGAGUCCUUUUACCGGACCAUGGAUUACCAGUAACUUCCUAAAUAUAAAUAUUUAGAGGUGAAAAUGAGCGCGAGUUGUGUGUGGUUGUGUUGGUGCAUCCUGGGGAUUCUGGCUGCUCCGUGUUGGGGCAUCACACAGUGUCUGGAUGGGACAACGAUCAACGUGAUCCUGCUGGAGGAUCAGGAGUCUCCGUGGAGCCUGAAGUUUGUGCGAGGAGAAAUCCAGAAAGCCGUAGAGACAGAUUCCGCCAUCAAUACUGCACAAGGUGUAGGGUUUAAUCUCACGGCCAACUACGGCGGGUACAACACCACCUAUUAUCGAUAUGCAGGCUGCCAGAGCAGCAUAUGUGAGGGAGUGGAAGAGCUAAGAAAGCUGAAUAACUCAGGCAACCUGGGAUGUGCUGUGCUUGGUCCCACCUGCACCAUCGCUACCUUCCAAAUGGUCGAUGUGGAAAAGGGUCUGAGGCUCAGGACACCCAUCAUGUCUGCAGGAAGCUUCGGCCUCUCCUGCGACUACACACUCAACCUGCAGCGUCUGCUGCCACCGGCACGCAAGAUCUCAGACUUCUUCAUCCACUUCUGGAAAGAGAAUAACAAGAUCAAACCUGAGUGGAAGACUGCCUACGUUUACAAGAAGCCGAGCAACAGCGAGGACUGCUUUUGGUAUAUAAAUGCACUGGACGCCGACUCAAGCAAGUUUGCCCAGAAUAUUACAAGGAAAGUGUUGCGCAAACCAGAGGAUCUGAGAGAAGUUCUGAAAUCACCAAAAAACAGGACCAGCAACUUGUUCAUCAUGUGUGGAUCACCAAUGGACAUACUGGAAGUGAAACGUAGCACUCCGGAGGCAGACAGCAGUGACAAUCUCUUCAUCCUUAUUGAUCUUUACAAUGAUAAAUACUACACCAACACAACAUCACUGCCUUCCAUGAAGAACGUGCUGGUGCUGACGAUGCCGGACACCAGACAUUACACCAUCAACCCAGACCUCAAAGACAACGACACGAUGAACGACUACAUGGCUGCUUAUCAUGAUUCUGUGCUGUGGGUUGGCCAUGUGAUGAGGGAGAUUGCUGAAAAACCUCAGUCUGAGAUUCAGCAGAUGGAGUUUGUCAAUGUGAAUUUCUUCAGGAACACCACCUUUAACGGAUCUGCUGGAAUCUACAAGCUGGACAGGCAUGGAGACAGAGACGUGAAUCUCACAAUCAUUUACACCACCACUGACAGCAAGUUCUGCGUUUUAUUCACGUUCGACACUGAAGACAACCAAACCACAGUGGUUGAGAUGGACCCUUACUUCAUCUGGGGACACCGACUUCCUGAUUUCAGACCAGAUAGCGGUACGGCCUCUCAUGACAUCGUUGUCAUAGUGUUGGCUGUCACAGUGGUUGUUGUGGCCACCAUCGCCUUCAUUUUCUACAGACAGAACAGGACAGACCGUCUGCACAGGAAGCGCUGGUCACACAUGGCUUCUGAUCUCAUCUCGCAGCUGGAGAAUACCAAACGCAAUGUCGUCUCUCUGAAGAUUGAAGAUGAGGGGAAGAACAAAAAUUUCAAGAUCCGCCUCGUAUACUACGAUAAGAAGAUUGUCAUUCUGAAGGAGCUGAAACACUCGGAUGGGAAUUUCAGUGAAACCCAGAGGAUAGAACUUAACGCGCUCCUGCAAAUCGACUAUUACAACCUCACCAAGUUUUAUGGGACGGUGAAGUUUGAUCAGGGCGUGUUCGGAGUGUUUGAGUAUGGAGAGAGGGGGUCGCUCAGGUAUGUGCUGAAUGACAAGAUUUCAUACCCGGAGGAGACCUUCAUGGACUGGGAGUUCAAGAUCACCGUCAUGUACGAUAUCGCCAAGGGCAUGUCCUACCUCCAUGCCAGCGACAUCCAGGUGCACGGGCGCCUCAAGUCCACCAACUGUGUGGUGGACAACCGCAUGGUGGUGAAGAUCACAGACUUUGGCUGCAACAGCUUUCUCAGCCCUGGCAAAGACUUGUGGACGGCUCCGGAGCAUCUGAGGAAGCAUGGCACCUCCCAGAAAGGAGACGUCUACAGCUUCGCCAUCAUCUCUCAGGAGAUUGUUCUGAGAAAGAGCACCUUCUACACCGAGGGCUGCUCCGACCGAGAAGAAAAGCUGUCCAGGGUCAUAAUGUCCUACUUUAGACCAGAUCUAAAGAUUGAGACGGCCACAGAGAAAGAAGCAGAGGUUUAUAUGUUAAUAAAAAGCUGUUGGGAUGAGGAUUCUGAAAAAAGGCCGGACUUUAAGAGGGUAGAAAACUGUCUGGGGAAGAUCAUCAGUAAAGUCCACAACCAGGACAACGAGAGCUACAUGGAUAACAUGAUCAGACGGCUGCAGAUGUACUCCAGAAACCUGGAGCACCUGGUAGAGGAGAGGACGGUUCUCUACAAGUCUGAGAGGGACAGGGCCGACUGCCUCAACUUCAUGCUGCUUCCUGGCCCGGUGGUGAAGAGCCUGAAGGAGACUGGUGUGGUGGAGCCCGAGCUGUAUGAUGAGGUGACCGUAUAUUUCAGUGACAUAGUGGGUUUCACCACCCUGUGCCAGUACAGCACGCCCAUGGAAGUGGUGGACAUGCUCAACGACAUCUACAAGGGCUUUGACAGCAUCGUCGACCACCACGAUGUCUACAAGGUGGAGACGAUUGGUGACGCCUACAUGGUGGCCUCCGGGCUGCCCAAGAGGAACGGCAACAGGCACGCGGUGGAUAUCUGCUGCAUGGCGCUGGACAUCCUGGCGUUCAUGGGUACCUUCCAGCUACGACACCUGCCCGGCAUCCCUGUGUGGAUACGCAUCGGCAUCCAUUCAGGUCCCUGUGCAGCAGGGGUCGUGGGGAUGAAGAUGCCCAGAUAUUGUUUAUUUGGAGACACAGUCAACACUGCGUCUCGUUUGGAGUCAACAGGACAUCCUCUGCGGAUCCACUUCAGUGAGUCGACUAUAAAUAUCCUGCAGAGGACCAACUGCAGGUUUGAGUAUGAGAUGAGAGGAGAAACAUAUCUGAAGGGUAAGGGCAUAGAGACAACGUACUGGUUAACAGGUGAAACUGGAAAAGACUACAACCUCCCAACUCCCCCCACAACAGAGAACUUCCAGCGGCUCCAGCAAGACCUCGCCCAAAUGAUCGUGAUGUGUCUGGAGUGCCGCUCCCGGUGUUCUGUCCGCAGGAAGAAUCUGAGUCAGGGGGAGGAGGACGACGAAAAGGAUCGAGAAUCCGAGGUGGAGUGUGAGAGCCAGCAGCCUGAGUACCUGCAUCUGGCCACUGUCGAUAACACGCUCAGUACCUUCCUGUAGCACCGAGCCGACUUCUCACUAAGAGUGAAACAAGCGCCUUGAUGGACAAGGAAUGUGGAAGGUGCUUGUUUGUUUUUAUUUCAGGAUGUAUUGCUGAUUUUCAGUGGAUACACCUUUUCUUUAGAAAUUAGAAUGUCUUACAAUUGACUUGCUUUUUGUGCGCCUUAUUAAACCCUCGGCUAAAAGUGCAGCAGCAGAUGUGAAGACAUCAGUCAUCAACCUGUUUUCUGUAAAAUUCAAACACAUCCAUGUUAUAUUCUUGUAUAUAUGGACCUUUCUUCUGCCCAUCCUUGUUACCUCCGCCAAAGAGGUUAAAUUUUUACCCCUUUUCAUUUGUUUGUUGGUUUAAAGCAAGAUUGCACAAAAACUACUGUACGGAUUACUAUGAAACUUAGUGGAAUAAAGUGGUCAGGGAAAAACCCAUGAGAUUUUUUUAAAGGGCAUUUUCACCAAAUAUUUAGUUUAAAUAGUCACGGCUCGGUUACAGUGAGCCAGAAAGAUAUUUGACGAGGUGUUUCAUUUAUGACCAGUGCUCAGAAUGUGUCAGAGUUGCUGCACAUUGAGACAAGAAUCGAAGCUGAUUACUGUUCCAACUCUUGAGGAGUUUUACAGUGAGAACGUGCUGGAGCUCGAUAUCGACUAAACAAGAGCAUAGCCUGAAUGUGUGAACUCUUCUCAGCUGUUCUAUUUCUGCAUAAACUAUAUGAAUU